CAAAGCCAAUGCCAAUCAAAUCCAAACUUCAUUAACAAUAUAGAGGUCGGUCUUGGGAGGAGCGUUCGUGAUUUCUGAAAUAUUCAUUGGUCAACUAGCUAACGUUAGCAAGCUUCUUCAACGUCUGCGAGACUGGAGCUUGCUGCUGAUGACAAGAAAGGGCACCCUGGCCUGACACAACAAUCCGACUGUCUCGGGACUUCAAUUUGAAUUUGUUGCAACCAUGAAGUUCACGCAAUUUUUGCUAAGGAACAGCUCCAUACCCAAACAAGCACUAGUGGAUCGGUUUUCCAAGUUCUCCCCCUCGCCGCUGUCAAUGAAACAAUUCAUAGACUUUGGCUCGGCCAAUGCCUGUGAGAAGACGUCCUUUGUGUUCCUUCGUCAGGAGCUUCCUGUCCGGCUGGCCAACAUCAUGAAGGAGAUUGACUUCCUCCCUGACAAGCUUCUCAGCACCCCUUCACUACAGUUACUACAGAGCUGGUAUGCAACAAGUCUGAUGGAGAUAGUGGGCUUCCUGGAGAAAGAGCCCGAUGAUAAAAAUAUCCUGAAGAAGUUCACUGAGACGCUGGUGAACAUCAGGAACCGCCACAACAACGUGGUUACCACCAUGGCACAGGGAGUGGUGGAGUACAAGGAUGCCUUUGGCUCCGACCCUGUGACCAAUCAGAACGUCCAGUACUUCUUGGAUCGCUUCUACAUGAGCCGCAUCUCCACACGCAUGAUCAUGAACCAGCACUCUCUCAUCUUUGAUGGAAGCGUCAACCCCGCCCAUCCCAAGCACAUUGGCACCAUCGACCCUGACUGCGACGUGACGGAGGUGGUAAAAGAUGCCUUUGAUAGCUCCAAGAUGCUCUGUGAACAGUACUACCUGACCUCGCCAGAGAUUGACCUCACACAAGUCAACGCCAAAGGUCCUGACCAGCCUCUUCGUAUUGUCUAUGUUCCUUCCCAUCUCUACCACAUGCUGUUUGAGCUCUUCAAGAACGCCAUGAGAGCAACAGUGGAGACUCAUGAAAUGGCCCUGCAUCUCCCGCCGGUCAAAGUCCGAGUCUCCCUGGGCAGUGAGGACCUAACAAUCAAGAUAUCAGAUCGAGGAGGCGGAGUUCCCCUGAGGAAGAUAGAGCGUUUGUUCAGUUACAUGUACUCCACCGCCCCCAGUCCCGUCGAUAUUGACAACAGCCGCAAUGCACCACUGGCUGGUUUUGGCUAUGGUCUUCCCAUCUCCCGUCUCUAUGCCAAGUACUUCCAGGGAGACCUGCAGCUCUACUCCAUGGAGGGAUAUGGGACGUCAGCUGUCAUCUACCUGAAGGCCUUGUCCUCAGAGUCUGUGGAAAGACUUCCUGUUUACAACCAGUCAGCCAUAAGGCAUUACCAGACAAGCAAUGAGGCAGAUGACUGGUGCAUGCCCAGCAAGGAUCCCAAGAAGCUGGGGAAGUAUGAGAGGAGAAGUUAACCAAACAGACGGAGAGAGAGAGCUCAGAUAACAUGAAGAGGAGAGGAGCAGGAGGAAAGAAAGAAGAAGAGGAGGAUGACUGAAAGGAGGAAUGGAAUGAUGAUUCAUAAUCAGAAACUGACAGAAGGUACCCAGUUGUACUGUGUGUGUGUGUGUGCAAUGGAGAUUCUCAUCCAGCACUUGAAGUGGAAAAACACAUUCAGGUUGGAGGCGUUUCAAUGGCAAUACCAGGAUCUCUAUUCAAAACCAGGAUCUCUAUUCAAAACCAAGAUUUCUAUUCAAUACCAGGAUCUCUAUUCAAUACCAAGAUUUCUAUUCAAUACCAGGAUCUCUAUUCAAUACCAGGAUCUAUAUUCAAUAAGUGACUUUGUGAAUGUUACAGUCAGAAACAGGGCCAUGAACUACUCACAAUCACAUCUCACCUUUUGGUUUCAUUUAGCCACACGUUUCAGGUAUUCAUUUCACUCACUUAUUUUAACAUUAUGACACUGAAGCAGUGUAAAAAAAACUAGCAUUUUGUUUAAAAGGUGUAUUUUAGUUUACAACUGAUCAUUUAAUUUAUCAAAUGCCUGAAUUUGGUUAUACAGUGAGAUAAGCGGCAGGGUAGCCUAGUGGUUAGAGCGUUGGACUAGUAAUCGAAAGGUUGAAAGUUCAUAUCCCCGAGCUGACAAGGUACAAAUCAGUCGUUCUGCCCCUGAACAGGCAGUUAUUGAAAAUAAGAAUUUGUUCUUAACUGACUUGCCAAGUUAAAUAAAGGUUAAAUAAAUAAAAAGCUGCACUAUCACAGUAGUAUUGUCUGUGAUACUACAUUUUAGAUUUUGUAUCUAGUGUUCUCUAAACUCUUCACUUACGGCUACAGUAUGCAGCUAGAACACUGAGCUCCAUGGACGCAGAUAGAUAUAGUGUGUCAGUCAGAGACAUGUCAAGGCCAUGCUGUCAGUCGAUGGGUUUUCUCUGGUUACCCUUCUACUACAGGAUGUUCUAUGGGUACAUAGUGGUCAACAAAUGUUAUUUUCAACAUACUAUGUAGACUCCAUAUAGUUUCAACUCUGAGCAUUUCACCUUUUUGUUUUUUACUGCUUACAAAUAUUUGUCAAUCUCGGAAGUUUAACAGACGUUUAUCUCCAAUGUUUUUUGCGGCCUAAAGGGAAUUUAGUAGGAUCAACUGUAAAUCUUGGUGACUAAUUUUUUUUGUUCCACCCUCACUUGUUGAAUAAGACAAGAGCUCAAACAAAGGUCAUUCAUUCAAGGUUUCCUAUGAAGACAGAAAAUAGAUAUUGAAGACAUUGAGGUAUCUAGUACAUUUACUCUAAACCAAGUCCAACUGAGUUUAAGUAGAAGUUAUGUGAAUAUUGAGAUACAUUUUCUAUCAUUCUGUUAUAUUUUUCAAUGACUAAAACAAUUGCAUUUUAGAGGCCGGAUAGGUCUUUUAUACAUGAAGUAUUUAUUGAAUAACGUUGUGUGCCAGAGAGCAAAAUGGGAGUAUUAUCACAUUUCUGUGAUUAGGGACACAGUAAGACUGAGUUGAAUCAAAUGUUUGACUGGUGCCCAGUGUGGGUAUUCUUUGAUGUGUUAACUUGGGCAGUCAUUACAACAUUUCAUUUCCUGGUAUACACUAAAUAGUCACUAUUAUUACACUCCUUAGCAAUAAGAAAUCACAUAAAAGACUAUGUACACUUACUAACAUUUAAUCCAAUAACAGCUAAGUAUUUGUAACUAGUCAAUAUUUGUAUGUGCAUUGAAACAAAACAAAAAUAGUUUGAGCCUAACACUGAAGUGCCAACUUUUAUUUCUCUCUUUCUGGUUUUUAACAUGUAUGGUUUUAAAUCACACGAUCUCGGGAUGUUGAAGGCAUUUCAUAUUUUUCAAAGUAUCACCGUAAGUGCUGUGAUGUCAUAUUAAACCGACCUGGGAGGAGCUAUCUAUCAAUGGAAGUUGCUGAUUGGACCUCACACGGUGGGCGGAGUCCUAAUUUGAGAUUAUUGCACAUAAUUUAUUAUUGUUGCCGUGAAUAGAUGAUUUACCAAUAUACAUUAUUUGGGUUAUGGGCAACCAUCUAAUGUCAGGAUUUCAGUCUAAUUGAAUUCUAACUGAAUAACAAUAGUGGUUAUCUGCUUAUUUUAAGCAUCUUUAGGUUGUUCAAUAAAAUGCAGCUCUUUAUGUAGUUCUCACUCUGCCUUUUGUCCCUCUGCCAGUGCCUUCAGAAAGUAUUCAUACCCCUUGACGUAUUCCACAUUUUGUUGAGUUACAGCCUGCAUUCAAAAUGUAUUAAAUAAAUAAAACAUCUCACCCAUCUACACACAAUACCCCUUGAUAACAGUGAAAACAUGUUUGUAGAAAGUUUAGCAAAUGUAUUUAAAUUGAAAUACAGGAAAAUCUCAUUUACAUAGGUAUUCACACCCAUGUUUCAAUACAUUGUAGAAGCACAUUUGGCGGCAAUUUCAGCUUUGAGUCAUCUUGGGUAUGUCUGUAUAAGCUUUGAGUCAUCUUGGGUAUGUCUGUAUAAGCUUUGAGUCAUCUUGGGUAUGUCUGUAUAAGCUUUGAGUCGUCUUGGGUAUGUCUGUAUAAGCUUUGAGUCGUCUUGGGUAUGUCUGUAUAAGCUUUGAGUCAUCUUGGGUAUGUCUGUAUAAGCUUUGAGUCAUCUUGGGUAUGUCUGUAUAAGCUUUGAGUCGUCUUGGGUAUGUCUGUGUCAGCUUUGAGUCGUCUUGGGUAUGUCUGUAUAAGCUUUGAGUCGUCUUGGGUAUGUCUGUAUAAGCUUUGAGUCAUCUUGGGUAUGUCUGUAUAAGCUUUGCACAUCUGGAAUUGGGGAUUUUCUCCCAUUCUUCCUUACAGAUUUUCUCAAACUGUUAAGUUAGACGGGGAAAGGCGGUGAACAGAAAUCUUCAAGUCUUUCCAAAGAUUUUCAAUAGGAUUCAAGUCUGGGCUUUGGCUGGCCCACUCAAGGACUUUCACAUUCUUGUUCUGAAGCCAUUGCAUCGUUGCUUUGGCUGUAUGCUUGAGGUCGUUGUCCUGUUGAUACGUAAAUCUUCGCCCCAGUCUGUUGUUUGCACUCUGAAGCAGGUUCUUAAUGAUUUGACUGUAUUUGGCUCCAUUCAUUGUUCCCUGUAUAUCCUUAAGUCUCCCAGUCCCUGCCACUGAAAAGCAUCCCCCAUAGCAUGAUGCUGCCACCACCAUGCUUCACAAUAGGGAUGGUUUUCUUUUACACAUAGCACUUUGCAUUCAGGCCAAAUAAUAAAUGUGUCUCAUCGGACCACUUCAGCCUUAUGACCUGUCUUUCAUGUGCUGUCGUAUGCCUUUUUCUCAGGAGUGGCUUCCGUCUGGCCACUCUCCCAUAAAGCCCAGCUUGGUGAAGUGCUGUAGAGACUGUUGUCCUGGUGGCAGGGUCGCCCAUCACAGCCAUUGAACUCUGAAGUACUGUCUGACCAAGGUCCUUCUUGCCCAGUUGAUCAGUUUGGUCAGCUCUAGUCUAGAUGGAAGAAAAUAUGGAACUAUUUCCCAAUGAUGGAGACCACUGGGCUCUUGGAAACUUUCAACACUCUAGAAAUAGUUUUAUACCCUUCACCAGAUAUACAGUGAGCUUCAUUUAGUUGUUUUGGCUCUGUGCAGACUGUCAGGUUUAAUUUGAAGGUAUUUUGAUCUACAUAUGGUGAACCGUCCCAUAUUUAUAGCAUGCGAUGACUACAUCAAGCUCUACAAACAGGCUGGAGGCAUUUGCUAUUUGUUUUAGUUGUUUGAUUAUCUUGUGCCCAUUGGAAAAUAAUGGUAAAUGUAUUGUGUCAUUUUGGAGUCACUUUUAUUUUAAAUAAGAAUAGAAUAUGUUUCUAAACAUCCUAACAUGUUUUACCUCCCCUGAUAUUGUAAUGGUGAAAGGUUAGCAUGUGUUGGGGGUAUGAUAUUUGUGCAUGCUUGGAAUAUGGGACCAAAUACUAAACUUUUGACUAUUUAAUACACAAGUGAAUUUGUCCCAAUACUUUUGGUCCCCUGGAAUUGGGGGAACAUGUACAAAAAGUGCUGUAAUUUCUAAACGGUUCACCCUAUGGAUGAAAAUACCCUCAAAUUACAGUCGGCACUUUAACCUCCAUAGUCAUUGUAUCAUUUCAAAUCCAAAGUGCUGGAGUACAGAGCCAAAACCACAAAUAUUUAAUUAUCUCAAUACUUUGAGCUUACUGUAUGCCUAAAAACAAUCUCAGUGAUCGUACAGUUCCUUGGACUUCAUGGUAUAGUUUCUGCUCUGACAUGCCCUGUCAACUGUGGGACUUCUAUAGACAUGUGUGUUUCUUUCUAAAUCAUGUCCAAACAAAUGGAUUGGCCACAGGUGGACUCCAAUCAAGUUGUAGUGACAUCUCAAGGAUGAUGAAGGACAUUUGGAUGCACCUGAGCUCAAUUUGGAGUGUGUGCAAAGGGGUGUAAAUUUGAUAUUUCUAUAUUUCAUUUUCAAUAAAUUUCCAAAAAUGUAUAAAAACAUGUUUUUACUUCAUCAUUAUGGGGUAUUGUGUGUAGAUGAAUGAGAAACAUAUUUUGAUUCAUUUUCAAUUCAGCCUGUAACAACAUAAUGUGGAAUAAGUCAAGGGGUAUGAAUACUUUCUGAAUGAGCUGUAUGUGCCUGCAGUGCUUCCGUUUAGAAGCCUUUGCAAGUGCUUCAGCUUCAGUCAGAAAGUGAUUAUGGUAACAACAAUUUCUAUCUACUAACUACAGUAUUGAUUCACUCCUGUAUACAUGUGUUUUCUAGAUGAGUUUUUCAUUAAAAAAGGACCUGAUUUUUAAGGGUUGAUGAUCAAUGUUUUCCCUCAUCGCUAUUAUUUGAUCCUAUCAUGUUGUCAAGGCCGAUUUGUUAGAACCUUCCCCUCUGAUUCAGUUUGUGACAGUACAGUCAAGUUUACCAUGUGAAUAACUGAUAAGAUCUACCAACUGUCACAACUACCAUCACUGAACACAGCAUAAUAAAACACAUUUAAAACA